AUGCAUUUCUCAUUACAACUAAAGCUAUCAUUCAUUACACGAAUCCGUUUGGAGACCAAUCCAUCACCGGAUGACUCGACCCACGGAUCAGAUCACAAGAUACUGUUGGACAUCGACGACCGGUUUUAUGUGACGCAAUUAAUACACGAUUUAAAAGGCGACAAAUUAUCGCAAACUUAUGGCCCGAAUACACUGAACAACAGCUCAGACUCGAGUGGAUACGGGUGUCCACCACACGAUGGUAGCCAACCAGUGGUCGUGGAGUUCUCGUCGCCAAACAUAGCUAAACCCUUCCACGUGGGGAACUACAGGUCCACUAUUAUCGGCAACUUUGUGGCCAACUUUCACCGAUUCUGCGGCCAUCGCGUGGUUGGACUCAACUAUUUGGGAGACUUCGGCACUCAGUUCGGGAUCCUAUCGCUCGCUUAC